AUGAUCCUCCAAGUGAAAGGAAUCGGCUUCAUGCAGACACCGAAGCUGAGUGUCCUCCACGGCGGACUCCUCCCGAGAGGAGAACUGAGCAUAUUUGAAGAAAAGAAAUGUGAAGUGGGAUAUAUUAAAUUCAUUAAGAAAAAUCCUGCUAGAGUGCUGCUCACACCCUCAUACCAGGAUGAUGGUAGUACAGACUACGGUUGUGACAGUGGAAAUGGAUGUAAGUGGAAAAGUGUGAAAGCUAUUCAGAUUCUGCCUUGGACUGGAACUUACACCAUCAGCUUUUCUGCUUCCCAGGCCUUCAAACUCAGAUUGAAACUCUUCCACCAAGCCUCCUCAGUCUCCCGUUUACAGGUUCACAUGCAGAGAACAAGUAAUCAACCAAAGUUGAACCUAUGCCAAAAGUACUGCCUGGGUGGGUUUGCUUUCCUGCCUUUUCCCUGGCUGGUCAACAUCUUCUGGUUUUUCCGAGAAGCCUUCCUUGUCCCAGCAUACACAGAGCAGAGUCAAACCAAAGGCUAUGUCCGGCACUUAGCUGUGGACUUUCUCUUCUGGGGGACUGUACUCCACACCUGGAUCACCAUCUUCCAGAUCUACCAGUCCCAUUGGAGCAUCUUUGGGGACUACCUCUCCCUCACCAUACCUCUGUGUACCCCUGACAACUUCGUCUACACAGGCCUGGGACCUUCUCAUUCUCUCACAAUAGGGAUAGGGGGUAGUGAAUGGUAA